AUGGAGUCGGCGCCUCCUCCAGUGGAGGACCAGGCGCGGCUGUUGGAGGAUGCCUUGACGGUGGUGCGCCAGCAGGCCAUCAUGAUGCGGCGAUGUCUGGAGACGCCCGGCAAGCUCAUGGAUGCACUGAAGUGCAGUUCCACGCUUGUUUCCGAACUACGAACCUCAAGCCUGGGACCGAAGCAAUACUACGAGCUGUACAUGUCCGUCUUCGAUGCGCUGCGACAUCUUUCCGUAUAUCUUCGCGAUUCGCACCCGACCAACCACCUCGCCGACCUGUAUGAGCUUGUCCAGUACGCUGGCAACGUCGUCCCGCGAUUGUACCUAAUGAUCACAGUAGGCACGGUGUAUAUGGGCAUAGAGGAUGCGCCGGUCAAGGAGAUCAUGAAGGACAUGAUGGAGAUGAGCAGAGGAGUACAGCACCCGAUCAGAGGCCUCUUCCUGCGCUAUUAUCUCAGUGGUCAGGCGCGAGACGCGCUACCCACAGGCACGGGAGACGGCCCAGAGGGCAACCUGCAGGACAGCAUCAGUUUCAUACUGACAAACUUCGUGGAGAUGAACAAGUUGUGGGUACGGUUACAACAUCAAGGACACUCUCGAGAGCGGGAACAACGAACUAAGGAGCGGCAAGAGCUGCAACUGCUCGUAGGCAGCAAUCUCGUUCGCUUGAGUCAGCUAGUCGAUCUGGAGAGCUACAAGAGCGUCAUACUACAACCGCUUCUGGAGCAAGUAGUGCAGUGUCGGGAUGUUCUAGCUCAGGAGUAUCUGCUUGAAGUGAUCACCCAGGUCUUCCCGGACGAGUUUCACCUGCAUACGCUCGAUCAAUUCCUGUCAGCAACCGCACGGCUCAACCCUCACGUCAAUGUCAAGGCUAUCAUCAUUGGGCUCAUGGAUCGGUUAGCAGCCUACGCUCAACGAGAAGCAGAGGGGCAGUUACCCGAAGACAAGCAGAGACAGGAAGAGGAGUCCGUCUCUGCGCUGCUGGAGAAACUGAAGCUGUCGAAGAAGAGCACGCAGACGGACGGUUCCCAGUCGACGGAGCAUGGCCAAGCGAACGGCGAGCCAACCGAGUCGGCUGAAGAAGCUGCCGCUUCGGGCGCGUCCACGGAAUCUGUAGACAAGGCCGAGUCUGGGACACAAGUCAACGGUGUCAGCAGCAAGCACAGAGGCAUUCCAGACCAUGUCAAGCUCUUCGAGAUCUUCUAUGAGCAAGUCGUGCACAUCAUCGGCAUGCAAAGGUUGCCAAUACAGGAUAUCACGGCGUUGCUUGUCUCGCUUGCUAACCUCGCACUCAACAUUUACCCAGAGCGCCUGGACUAUGUUGAUCAAGUGCUCCAUUACGCCUCGAAGGAGGUAGCCCGCUUCCAGAACUCAGCCGACCUACAUUCGCAACCUGCACAGUCGAACCUACUCAGCUUGCUUUUAGCGCCUGUGAAAGCGUACUUCUCCCUGUUUACUGCGCUGGCGUUACCUAACUUCUUACCACUUUACCAACAACAAACGUAUCCGACGCGACGCUCAGUGGCUGGCGAGGUUGCCAGAAGUCUGUUACGGAACGAGACCAAGAUCACGACGACUGAGAACCUCGAUGGGGUCUUGUCAAUAUUGGCCGUACUGAUCAAGGAAGGCAUGCAGACACCAGCUGGCUACCCUGGCGGACCAGUCCGACGGUCAGCAGCGGAGACCGACGAGACCGUCGAAGAACAAGGCUGGCUAGCACGGAUUGUACACCUCAUCAAGGGCACAGACAACACGGCUCAAUUCCAGCUUCUGCAGAAAGCACGGACAGCUUUCGCUGAGGGCACCGAGCGAACAAAGUACACCGCGCCGGCUCUACUCACGGCGUCUCUCAAACUCGCAAGAUCGUUCAAGCGGAGAGAGCACCUCUCAAAUGACGACUACGCAACCCAAUCUGCUGCCGUGUACAAGUUCGCACACGGCACGCUCUCCUCCCUCUACACGCGAGUUUCAGCAACCGGCGUUCCCGAUCUCGUCCUCCGGCUCUUCGUCUCCUGUGGUCAGGUAGCGAGCCAGUGCGAGAACGAAGACAUGGCGUACGAGUUCUUCGCGCAAGCGUUUACAGUAUACGAGGAGUCAAUAUCAGAUUCACGAAGUCAAUUCCAGGCUAUCUGCAUCAUCGCUGGAGCGCUUUCAGGAUGCUCGGAGCGCUUUACUCGGGAGAACUACGAUACACUGAUCACAAAGUGUGCAUUGCACGGCAGCAAGCUGCUUAAGAAGCCUGAUCAAUGUCGGGCUGUAUAUUUGGCGAGCCAUUUGUGGUGGGCGGUGGAGAAGGGGGAGAAGACGGAGGGUGGGACGGAGCCCUACCGCGAUGGCAAACGCGUGCUCGAGUGCCUUCAACGCGCUCUUCGCGUGGCCGAUGCUUGCAUGGACACUGCCGUCUCCGUCGAACUUUUCGUCGAAAUCCUGAACCGCUACGUGUAUUACUUUGACCAAGAAAACGACGCUGUAACGACGAAGUACCUCAAUGGGCUGAUCGAGCUGAUUCACAGCAACCUCAACACCACUGAGAAUGCCUCGGGUCUGGAGAAUCCAAGGAGACAUUUCCAGCGCACGUUGGAAUACGUGGAGAGGAGAGGAUAUGAGGGAGUCGAGACCAAAGCGAAGAGUUGA